AUGUCAAAGCGAAAUCUGCUCCUUUGUUUCGAUGCAUUUGGUACCCUUAUAAGACCUGUCAAGCCAGUCGCGCAACAGUAUGCGCAAGUAGCUCGCCAGUGCGGCCUUACCGACUUUAGCGACGAAGAGCUACAAUCGACUUUGAUAUCGACCAUCAAGCAAGAGUCCAAGAAGAAUCCAAACUUUGGCAAAGAGACUGGCCUUGGGGCUACCAAAUGGUGGACAAAUGUCAUCCACAAUACAUUCACGCCUUUGUUGAAAGACGGCGAGGCUCUCCCCCAAGAUCUCGCUCCCAAACUUCUUCAUCGAUUUGCUUCUAGAGAGGGCUAUGAAACUGAGCAAGGUCUUAUAGAAUCCUUCAAGGACUUGAAGAGCAACCCAUUUCGACACUACAACCAACUUGUUGUAGGCGUCAUCACCAACUCGGACGAUCGUAUUCCAAGCAUUCUCUCAUCCCUCGGACUUGACGUCAGCCCUUUGCGAUAUGGGACAAGCUCAGAUGCGAACAAGACCAGAAACAAAAGCUAUGACGUUGACUUUCACUGCAUGUCUUACGAUGUCGGUGUCGAAAAGCCGGACAAGCGCAUCUUUAACGCCGCAGAAUCCAUGCUCGCCCAAAUCAUCAGUACUCGCAGUGGACAAAACUUGGACGAGUCCAAGUCCGAACUAGGUGGCUGGCAGAAGGUGUACGUUGGCGAUGAUUAUUCAAAGGACGUGGUUGGAUCAACCAAUGCUGGCUGGAAUCCAAUCCUUCUUGAUCCGAAGGAUGAUUGCGAGAGCGUCUCCGAUCUAAAACGCUGGCGAUCUUCUCCCCACGAUGAAUCUCAAAAGAAGGCUUGUAGGAUCGAGGAUCAUCCUACGGAGACCUUUGAAGGGCUGUUUAAAGGCCACGACUUUGCGACCGUCCAUUCACUUGGAAAUCUACUGUCUUGGCUCAAGAAGGGAACAUCAAGUUGA